AUGUUGAACCUUAUGGUUAAGAGAGCCGUGAAGAGAGCUUUGGCAACGACAAGUCGUCCACGUCAAGGCGCAUUGAACGGUGGAGGGAAUUUUGGCUCGUCGAGUACAUCGGGAUUAGUGCGUAAAGCGGUUGGUGGUGGAAUUCUUCGCCGCGUCGGUGGACGGGGAGCUUUCGUUGGCGCUGCUGGACUCAACCGUGUUCAACCACAAUCGCGUGUCAUUCAACGAAGAGUCGCUCCACAACAUCUCAUUGUUCAAAGAUCUCCGAUGGUUGCUCGUCGCUUUCAGAGAAUCGCCAGCCCAGAUGUGAUGAACCGUCCGAUGGUGGUCCGUCAGCAAACAUUCCCAGCUCGUGCUCGCCCACAAGCACAAACAGUGGUCGUCCGUCGAAUCGUUCAAGCUCCACCCCAACGAGUGCAGAGGACGAUUGUUCAACGGACCAUUUCUCGUCAGCCUCAACGUCAACAAAUUGUUGAAAGAGUGAUCCCGCGAGUUCGCCAACAGCAAGUCAUUCGUAGACCCGUGCAGCAACAGGUUGUCAGAGUGCAACGAGUCAUCCAGCGCCCCCAACAACAGAUCCAAUACGUGCAACAGCGCCAACGUGGAGGAAAUCGUGGAGGAGUUCGCCGUUUACAGAACAGAGUUCAAAUGGAAAGAGUGAAUCCCCGUUUCGAGUAUGAAAACUCUCCGCGGAUCAUCGUUCGUCAUAGACGCGGUUUCCAGAACUAU